UUUCCCCUCCUCUCCAUCCCUUUACGCCGAACCAGAACCAUUCAUCUCUCCCCUCCUUCAGGCUUCACAUCCGGGUCAUCCGCCAGGAUCUGUCUCUUGCGUCUGUGUGUCUGACAGAGUGAUAAUUAUUUCAAUCCGCUGCCGUGCUGUACUGCAGCUCUCUGCCCGACUGCGCGGCUCGCCGAGCGGACACUGCGCCAGCGUGCACCGGUGAUGAUGGAGCCACGAGCGCCGUGAAGCUGCAGCCGCUCGCACAAAAGCCAGAGAUGAGACGGUAGGAGGCUUUUGCAGGGGCUAGCCCGCGGUGAUUAACUCGCCCUAACGAUGUCGAAGAGUCUCAAGAAGAAAAACCACUGGACCAACAAAGUCCACGAAGCGGUGAUAACCCGGGGGAAAGAAGGCGAGCUGGGGUUCGAGCUGAAGGGGGGCGCGGAGAACGGCCAGUUCCCCUACUUCGGCGAGGUGAAGCAGGGGAAGGGGCUGAUCCAGAGCGGCAAACUGGCCCAGGAUGAACUGCUGCUGGAGGUCAACGACAUGCCAGUAGCCGGGCUCACUACCCGGGACGUGCUGGCCGUGAUCAAACACUGCAAAGACCCGGUCCGCUUCAAAUGUGUCAAGCAAGGGGGGGUGGUUGACAAGGAUUUGCGGCACUACCUCAACCUGCGCUUCUCCAAGGGCUCAGUGGACCACGACCACCAGCAAAUCAUCAGAGACAACCUCUACCUCCGCACUGUUCCCUGUACCACCAGGCAACCUAAGGAGGGGGAGGUGCCAGGGGUGGACUACAACUUUGUGAGUGUAGAGCGUUUUAUGGAAUUGGAGCAAAGUGGAGCCCUGCUAGAGAGUGGAACCUAUGAAGAUAACUUCUACGGCACACCGAAACCUCCAGCCGAGCCGUCCCCGGCAGCCCCUCCUCUGAAUGUGAGUGAGGCCCUGCUGCCCGGAGCCCGGCCAAGCGCCCAGGGCAAGAGAAAGAGGAACCAGUCAGUCAGCAACAUGGAGCAGCGCGCCAGUCUGGAGCCGCCUGAGGAGGAGGAAGAGGAGAGCCCAGUUGUCAAUGGCAACGGGGUGGCCAUCACACCAGAGUCCAGUGAACAUGAGGACAAGAGCACAGAUGCCUCUGGGGAGGUUGCAGUUGAAGCGUCAAUCCAGGCCCCAGCAUCUGCUGAGCCUCCAACCGAAGGAGAGGAGGCCCCAAAAUCUCCCUGCAAGUCCCCAACCAAAGUUCUAGAUGCAGAUGAGGAAGAGCUGGGUCCCCUGCCUGAUAACUGGGAGAUGGCCUACACUGAGAAGGGGGAAGUUUACUUCAUAGAUCACAACACCAAAACGACAUCAUGGCUCGAUCCUCGGCUCGCAAAGAAAGCAAAGCCGCCAGAGGAAUGCAGGGAAGACGAGCUGCCCUACGGCUGGGAGAAGAUAGAUGACCCCAUCUACGGCAGCUACUACGUAGAUCACAUCAAUAGAAGGACUCAGUUUGAGAACCCGGUCCUGGAAGCCAAGAGACGCCUGGAGCAGCAGAGGCAGAUGCAGAGCCAGGGACUCUCUGCUCUACCCCUGCCUACAAUUUACAGAGAGAAGCCAUUGUUUACGAGGGACCCAACCCAGCUGAAGGGCACCUUCCUAUCGACAGCCCUGCAGAAGAGCAACAUGGGAUUCGGCUUUACAAUUAUAGGAGGCGACGAGCCCGACGAGUUCCUGCAAGUGAAGAGCGUAAUACCAGAUGGACCUGCUGCUCAGGAUGGAAAAAUGGACACAGGUGAUGUCAUCGUCUACAUUAAUGACAUCUGCGUGCUCGGCACCACGCACGCUGAUGUGGUCAAACUUUUCCAGUCUGUACCGAUCGGUCAGAGCGUGACCCUUGUGCUCUGUCGAGGGUAUCCCUUGCCCUUCGACCCCGAGGACCCGAGCGGCGCAGCCAGCGCUUCCCUGACGCCCAUUGGACUGGAGCACCGCCCGCUGGUGGUGAAUGGCCGCGGCAGCUAUGACCCGUACCUGGAGUACCUGUCGUUGAGCUCCCAGCUUCCUGGUCAGGCUCUGGCCCAGGCUGGAGCUUCCCAUCCCGGAGACACACAUCUGGACGGCUCAUCCCUGCCGCCCACCACGCCCGGCUCGGCAUCGGCGCUCACACCUCACAAUGACAACGUGUCAAUGGCCUCUUCUGGGACUGGGGCUGUUGCCGGGGCAACAGCACAAGGGGCAGAGCUGCUAACAGUUACCAUGGUGAAAGGAGCAGAAGGAUUUGGGUUCACCAUCGCCGACAGUCCUACCGGUCAGCGAGUUAAACAGGUGCUAGAGCCGGGCUCACAGGGAGCAUCGGGGCUGGUAGAAGGAGACCUGAUCCUGGAGGUAAACCAGCAGUCAGUGGCUGCAGCUGGACAUGGACGAGUGGUGGAGAUGCUCAAAGAGUGUCCUGUGGGAGCAGAAGCAACACUCCUCAUACAGAGAGGAGGAACAGGCCACAUCUCUCCAUGGAAGGCCUCCAAACAGUUACCUGACCAAUGGGAUCCACACAGCAGCCCUCAAGCAAAUCUGUCUGGUCCAGUAUUGCCACCUGGUACGCCCUUCCCAAACCAGCCACAGCACCGCACUUCUGUGCCUGACUCCACCGAAGGCUUCGACCUUAACAAACCCGACCCGUAUGACCUUUAUGAGAAGUCAAGGGCCAUCUAUGAGAGCAGACGCCCGGAGUACGAAGAGGUGGAGGUGCACCUGCUGAGGGAGAAGACUGGAUUCGGCUUCCGCAUCCUGGGGGGAGACGAGGCCGUGCAGGCUGUGAGUCCGGACGCCCGUGACAAGAUUGUCAUUGGCGCUAUAAUAGAGAACACUCCCGCUGAGCGCGACGGGCGGCUUCGACCCGGGGAUGAGCUCAUUUCUGUGGAUAAAAAUGUGGUUGCUGGGAAACCGCACAAAUACGUAAUAGACUUGAUGCACGCAGCCGCUCGCAAUGGUCAAGUCAGCUUGACUGUGAGAAGGAGAGUGCAAAUGCCCGGUGAACCGUGUCCCGUGAACGGCCGCAGCCCCGGCUCAGUGUCCACGCAGCACAGCUCUCCACGUAGCGACGCAGCUUCGGCUUCGGGCCCUCCGGUGGUCGCUGCCACGGUUGCCACUUCGCCACCGGAGGGAUCUGCCCUGCAAACCAGCGAUGUGGUUAUUAACCGCAAGGAGAACGAGGGCUUCGGCUUUGUCAUCAUCAGCUCCCUGAACAGACCGGAAAAUGCCACCGUCAUCACUGUGCCCCAUAAAAUAGGACGCAUCAUCGAGGGCAGCCCGGCCGACAGAUGUGGGAAGCUGAAGGUGGGCGACCGGAUCCUGGCGGUGAACGGACAGUCCAUUAUCAGCAUGCCGCAUGCAGACAUUGUCAAGCUCAUUAAAGAUGCUGGACUAACAGUCACUCUGCACAUCAUACCAGAGGAGAGCUCCCAUUCUGGUCCUAGUUCAGAGAAGCAGAGCCCCAUGACCCAGAAACACAGCCCGCAGACCCAGCCCAGUCCUGUAGCCCAGACAAGCCAAGGAGGCACGCAGUCUGGCCAAAUGGCCGCUCAGCCAGGCCAAGCGGCCACUCAGCCAGGUCAAGCACCCGGCCAGACACCAGUCCAACCCGGCCAGACACCAGCUCAGACAAACCAAGCGGUGACUGGUCCUCCUGCACCAGCAGGAACCCAGCAGAGCCCAGUCACGCAGCCAUCUGGCCCCCAUCCACAGCUCUACCUCCACGAUGGCAGGUCAGAGGUAAAAGCAAGACAGGAUGUCAAACCUGACUUCCGCCAUCCUCCAUUCACUGACUACCGGCAACCGCCGGUAGAUUACCGUCAUCCACCAGUGACUGAUUAUCGCCAGCCACCAACACUGGACUACAGACACCCACCUGGUCUGCUGGAUUUUAGACAGCACCCUGCAGCUGCACAGUUCCCUCUAGGGAUCCCAGCUGACUUCAGACCACAGGUAGAGCUUGACCAAGAACUGUCUGCUUAUGUUGACCGUACAUCCUUCAUUUGUAUGCAGGACUAUGAUUACUUUACAGUGGAGCUCGAGAAAAGCGCUAAAGGUUUUGGCUUCAGUAUUCGAGGAGGCAGAGAGUACAAGAUGGACUUGUUUGUGUUGCGCCUUGCAGAGGAUGGUCCUGCUAUACGAAAUGGAAGAAUGAGGGUUGGAGAUCAGAUCAUAGAGAUUAACGGGGACAGCACCAGGGACAUGACUCACGCCCGCGCCAUUGAACUCAUCAAAGCGGGAGGCAGGCGGGUCAGGCUGCUGCUAAAGAGAGGCACAGGACAGGUGCCAGAAUAUGACUGUGCCGGCCCCUGGGAUUCCCUUUCUACAGCCCACUCUGCCCUGCAGGAAGUGACCCUGGAAGCUCACCUGAAUCCAUUGCUUUCAUCCCAUCCAUUGUCAGCCCCAGAUUCCCCUCAUCAGCUCCCUCUAGAGGCCACAGUGUGCAUGGCAGACAAAGCUCCAAAGCUGACAGACCACAGCUCCAUUAGAGGGGCUGCAGGUGGCAGGUCCACCGAGCAGAAAUGCAUCAUCAGGGGGCAGGGAACCCCUCAGGGGUCGGGAGAGAUGGACUGUGGACCGGGCGACAGACAGCUUCGUGCUUUGCCUUCCAAAGUUGUUGUGGGAAGGUGCAUUGACAGAAGAGAGAGGCAAAGGGAGACUUGCUCCCCCUGCUGUGAGAGAAAGGGUCUGCAUACACAGGCGUUAAGCACUAUCUGGCCCUGGGACCCAUUUGCUGGUGUGAAUUUGAACGGAGCCUCUCAGGGCAGUGGAGAUGGACAUAUCAGCCUCCAGGAGAGGCUGGUGUCCCGAGGUCUGUUCUCCAGGGAAGAUGAGCGGGCCGGUGGCCACAUUGGGCUGUACUGCCCCUCCAAAAACGUGGAAGAUCCUCCAGCAACGAGUGCUGCUGCCUCCCCGAGGCCCUGGAAUGUCCCUGGGUCUGACAAACUGCCUGGCACCCUGAGGUCCUGGACCUCCACAGUAAGCAGGUAGAAGGGAUCUUACUGGUUUGGGCCGAGUCACACUGUAUGGCUCCUCAUUCGGUUCACCACUGGACCUUUCAGAGAACCAGUAGAUCUCCCUUGCCGCCUCUGUCUGCCCUGUUUUCAUCGCCAUCGACUUCUGAGAUCAUGUUUUAUAUUUCAGUUGUUGUUACAAGAUGAUUAUUACACCCACCACCUUAAAGACAAAGAAACUUACACAGCUAUUGUAACAUAUGGUCUAAACCUUUGGGGACCCUUUUAUGCGACUUCUGAUUUUCUGAUCACAGAUGGAGCAAUGACGCCUGACUCUGAGUGGAGCUGUGCUUUCGAUACGUACCUUUAAAUGCUCGACUGUAUCUGGUUCAGACUGUUUAGUGCAGCGUGGGCUCACACGAGGAAGAGAAACAUAUGUAGAACCAGGAGAUUUCUGUUUUCUUGCCCUGUUUUCUCUGCGCAGUGGGAUGAACCAGACUACAAAUGUGUCAGAUGGAAGUAGUGACACUGAAACUCCUGGAACACACGGCACUGACCCCAACGACAGCCCAGUUAACCCGACAUAUGUUAAAUCGCACAUGCCUACCAAUAUAUCUCAUACUAUAAAUGUAAAGAUGUGAAAAAUAUGUACAUUUGGUAAACUCAGAAACAUACCUAUUAGUGUUUUUGAGGCAGUGUUGUAGUUAGAUACAUUGUUUAAAAAAACAAACAAACAAACAAAAAAAGAAGCAGGACAGUAUUUUAGGAUCACUGUUUCCACGGCCUCGUCUAUAAACUACAUAUCAAAGACUGUGCGAGUCACCACACCCAGACCGCCAAGGCAGGCGGCGUUUGUGUGCAUGGCUAUACACCACCAUGUCUUUAGACAGGGACUCGCGUCUUUUAAAGGCAGAAAAUCAAGAUGUGGAGCAGACCGGUCGGCACUCAUGAGACGAAAAGGAUUGUUUUUUCCCACGAAAUUGAACAAAAUUGAACUUUUGUGUAACUGAAGACAGUUGGCUUAGUAAGAACUCAUGAUACUCUUCUGAGUUAUGUACACAACUUGAUCACAGUCAACCAUGCAGUCAUUGUGCAGAAUUAUAAGCUGUGUUGUAUUCAUUUUAAUGAUCAAAAGGAAAAAUUUGUCCAGUCUCUAUUUCCCAUUUCUAUGCCUUUUACUGUGCUAAGUGUACCACAUCACUGUGGGAGAGGGGCAUCGGUGCGGGGAAGAGGAGGCCGAUGGUUAUGAGGUGGGGCAGAGUGCCUUACUCGAACUAAUGCAGAGCUGUUGCCGUUGUGAAGUAUUUUGGGAACUGAAUGCAAAACAGAUAUCAGCAACCAUGCACACACGUCAGCAAACCGCUGAGUUGUGAAAUCCGUCUUUCGUCGGACACCAAGCAGUAUAUAUCUUGAUGCACUCGGCUGCAUAGCUUAUCAGUGUCAAUGAUUGCCCUUUGUCCCCUUGUGUUUUAAAGGGGAUAACAUGUAGCCUGUAGCAUCACAUCCUCUUCUUAGAGUCGUCUGGGAGGGUAGAGCUGUGAACGUUUAUCGAGACAGGGCUGUAUCAAAGAGGACCACGGUUUCUGUGUUUCAGCUUAACGUUAAGUUUGUAUUGUUGCCCGCAAAUUUCACAUCUGUGAAACAUACAUGCAUUUAAAUAUGACGUCACUGUCCUCCUGCAUUUCUCCAUUUCGAUGUCAUCCAUUUUUCUCAGCGGGAUGUGUGCUCUUUAUUAAAGAUUUAUCACUAAAGCUUUUGAGUACUGGAGGACCAGAUUAAUUAAAAAAGAAAAAAAGAUUGCGACUGUUUGACUGAAUGCAACAUGAUGGUACAUCCAAGCUGUGCUUGUAAGCUGCUGGGAAAGCCAUGCGCCUGCAGACUGGGAUACUAGUAAGACCUUGUGCAAUGAGAGUCAUCGGGCCUGAUCCUGAUCCGCGGUGGAUUCUGACUGAGCUGUGUGUUCUGUGAUUAAAAUGGUUGUGAAAACACGCAGUAGGCUGUAGAAAUGUGUUUUUCCGUAUGUACAAAUGUCAAAGUUAGGAAAAGGUGAAAGAAUACGUCAUCCAGCCCUCUGUCUCCAUCCAGGCCACCCCCACCCCUUGCCUGCUGUGACCGAUUUUUGUAUGAAGAAACAAAAAAAUAUCUGCUUAUCAGAACCUGUGAAGGAUGGCACGCUCAUAAACCCCCACUGAGAUCAAGUAUAACUGUGUAGUGUUAAUUGUGUACUAUUCACCUUGUACAGCUGUAUUCCUACAAAUAUGGUUUACUGUAUCAUUGAUACUGUAGUUUCAAAGACGUGAACAACUAUUUUUAUGAAAUGCGACAGUACUGAUAUAUUACAUUUUGCUAAAAAACAAAACUUGUUUACUGAAAGAUAUUCUGAAAUACUGUCAAAUAAACUCUUGACAUGGUGUAAAA